GUCUUAGAAAACAACCCUAUUGAUGAUGAUACAACAGGCCCUAUGGAUACAAUAACUCAGAAACAGAGUGGAAAAAGAAAGGUCAAGGUCAAGAAGAAGUCUGCAGUCGUGAUUAAUUACGCAGUAAAACCCUCCUUCUAUGUAGCCAAUUUGUUCCUGCUUCCUUUCUAUCUGCAGAAAGAAAAUUACCGUUUUUUCGAACACUUUACCUUAAUACUAAAUAUCAAAAUUUAGAUAAAUAAUACUCCACAGAUCGUUGACUGUGAAUCUCAAAAAAUACACGAAUACAACUCUUCCUCGACAAAGUAAAAAAGUCACUUGUUUUCACCUAGUGAUCAUGCAUAGGUCGAAUAAUGAUCAGUUAUGACAUCUCACUUUUAGCUAUAUUGUCUUUUCAGAAAAUGAAAGUGUCAGCACCUGAGCCGGAUAUUCCUGAAAAGAAAUCGGUACGUUUCAUGCAGCCCCAUACAAUUUCGAGAUUUAAGAAGUACCUUGGAAGAGGAGCCCCCAUUAUCAAAUGAGGGCUCUAGCUCAUUGGGGACGUCUCAUAAAUGACAUAUUCCUUUGUUAUGCAGGUUAAGAGCAAUAAGCAGAAAAAAAGUGAGGAAUACCGGCGAAUGAAAGUAAGUAGUUCUUCUUUAGAUCCACACCACAAUCUUUGUUCUUAUGGAGCGUAAGACCUCCGUGUGCGGUACGUGCUCAUCUUUUCAGAUGAAAAAUGUAUCCAAAUUACUAGUGUUUUCUCAAGCAUGUACGGUGCUGAAAGAAAAUAAUUAAAAUUAAUGGUUGACAGAGUUACUUGCAGAUUUAUUGAUUGAUCAAUUAAAUUAUUUUCCAUAGGAAGUGGAGAAAAUGGUUGAGGAACAAAAACUUAAAAUGGAGAAAGAUCGGGAAAAAGAACAGAAGAAAGAGGAGGUGAGUUGGGGAAACACAUUCACCAUCAUUACAGGUUAUAAUUGAUGAUUGCCUGGUUAUGUACAUGUCUUAUUUCCUUUUGUUUCAUCCUUGCCCUGAACUUAUCUUCUUCUAUGAUAAAGUUCGGAUGCAACGCGUUGUCAUUGGUUGAACGAGCAUGCUUUAUCAGAGUACACAGCACAGAGAGCUAAGCUAAAGCUGUCACGCCCUCUGCCAAAUUGUACCAUGUCCGACCUUUUCCGGGACUUCCCUCUAGCUUUUUUCCUUAAUUGAAUGUGAAAUUUCGGAACAAGCGAGCCGACAAUUAGCAACAGAAGAACUAAAAAAAGGUUCGAGCAGAGACGAGAAUCCUCAAAGAGAAAACGAAAUGGACAGUCCGAGGUUUGAAGGUUUUCGGGCUCAGUUAGAUUGCAAGCUUACGUACGGUAAUAACAAUCAAACACAGCUAACACUCGUAUUGUAUGUAUAGUUUCGUGUUAAAAAAAAACUGAACAAAGCAGGAAUAAUUAAAAAUAUAGCAAAACUCUAGCUGUUGAAAUCCAUACUAAUCAUGACGAAUUCAGAGUGACUGCGAUCAUGCUAAGGUCCAUCAAGGCUAGCUCAUCACAGCGAUCUCCGGUCAUCGUUGUGAAGCAAGACUCAAAAAUUACAGCAGCCGCCGCUCGAUUGAACAACUAAGAACUGGCUCUGAUACCCUCUCUGAUCCGUUGAGUGGAAGGGGACAUCAGUCACAGCAGCCGAGUUUUAUGGCGUUGUCAUUCAUUCGUGCUCGAGCCAUUUCCUGCGUGCUUUACAAAAAAAAAUUAGUAAAGGCUUCUCUAUUUGUUAAGCAAAGGGUAUGGGGACCAAUUUGCAACUUACUUUAGAUGAAUUUUUCAUUGCAGGAUAAUGAGAAGUUAGUUAGACAACGGGUACUUCCCACUUACGAUGUAGUAUCAGGUAUUAGUUAUGCAAAUUUUUGGUUCAGGCACAAAGAUUUAACACUAUUCAAAAUUUUUUACGGCUGCACUUUGGUUUUUCUUUGCUACUGAACUGAGUAACAGAUAACCACAGUUGUCAAAGCGAGAUAGUUUUGAAGAGGAUUGAAUAUCUGUGCAGUGCUCUAGCGAGUUGCAUAAGUUAUCGAGCCUAAAUCGGAACGAGAAUUUGUGAGAAAAAACAUAUCGAUAAUUGUGUUACCUUCUUAACAUGAUCAAUUUCUGUUGAUUUUGGCUCGAAUGGGGCAGGGAGAAGUAAUCGCUUUGCCGUAUCCAUUUUAAAGUGCAAUAUGCUCAAUUUACGUUGAACCCUUCAAUCAUUAAGAGUGACUAGCAUCUAACUUCUCCUGACAGUCUCAUCCCUGAAUCAAACAUUUAGGUCGCAAGAAUAAAGGAAAUCAUCACUUAGUAAAGAGGCCCUUGAUUAUUAAGCAAAUUCUCCUUGUCAGUACUUCAAGAAGUGUGCAGAGAACGGUAUAUAAAUAUGUAUACUGGUUUUUGGGAGUAAAGGCAUAAUUCUGAUUUCUUUUUAGUUUUUCUUCCCUUCGUUACUUUCACACUACUCAUUUACAAGCUGUGUACAAUUAUUGAUAAUCUUAUUGCAUUUCUUUGAAAUACUGAUUUUUAAUCGCUAUUUUUCUGUUACACUCAAGCCAUGGAAGCGACAUGCUACAAGACGGAGAAAAACGAUAAACAGGCUGGUAGGCUCAGUUUUGUUGACGAAUUUUUUCCUCUUCAUAGGUUGUACCAUAAAUGUAAAAACUAUCGAGAACUAUAUAUCUAUAACUAUUUCCCGUAAUUGAUGAUGAUCAUUGUCCCGCAUUGAUUAUAAAUAGUAACAUGCAAGUGACUGAAACCAUCAAGUGUUGAACAUAGAUUAGAAAAUUCAUUUCACUGCGAACGCUCUAGAUAUCUAACAAUUUAAUAUCCUUUCAAAAACUAAAAAAAUACUCGACUGAAGUAGAAAUUUGCCUAAAUUUAAAGUAUUUACCAGUAUUAGACUUACAAAAAAAUUGUACAUGUAUCGUCACGAGUUGCAUGACACGACAGUCUCAGACAAUGUGCUUCAAAGCUGAAUACGUUUAUUCACUGGAUCUCCACAGCAGAUGUUGCAUCAGGUGCAAUACCUAAACAACGGAAAUUGAUCGCAGCACCCAGAAGAACCAGGGAUAAGGAUGAUAAAAUUGAACAGGAGAAGAAAUCCAGCCUUUUGAAGAAAGCAGGGUCAUUUGUCGAGACUGAGGAGCGAAACGUCGUUCUUCGCAAAGGUGGCACUUUAAACAUUCCUCACGGUAACGAGGAACUUAGAUCAUGUAAGGAGUAUAAGAGUGAAGACAAG